GGCAGCAAACCGAACGAAAAAUAACAUUCGAUUGAAGAGGGAGAGAGAGAUCUGCAAAAUUCAGACAGGAACAUCCUCCAACUCUCUUCCUCCCCCACCUCCACCACCACCACCUCCUCCUCCUCCUCCGCCGCCGUCUGAGAUCGGCCAUUCCCCUCCAAAUUUUAGGGUUCUGUUUUCAAUCCUCAACCCAUUCCCUGAUUACACACUCCCCUCACGAUUCUCGGCAAUUUGAAUCCGCCAUUGCAAUAUUUCCAAUAACACCGACGCUUGAUCUGCAUUGCUUCUGCCCACUGCUUUACGUUUUGCGAUUUCUGGGUUUUGGAUUUUGGCCGGCCGUGGGCUGAUUUGUGUGCAGGCCUCUGCUAAUUUCGUGAAUUCCGAUCGAUUAUUGAUUGGCCGGGCGUGGCAGUUCUUCCAUGGUAAUAGGGAAUUGGGCGCUGAUCUGAUUGGAUUCGAGUACGAGGAUUAGGGUUUCUACAUGGCUUCCGCUCAGGUGCUGCCUAGUUCUCGCAAGCACGAACAUUUGGCAGCUGGCAAGCGCCGGCUGGAAGAAUUCCGGAAGAAAAAAGCGGCAGACCGAGCCAAGAAGUCCAGUUCAAGCAAUGUUGCUGAUGUUACAGUGAAUGAAAAGCGGCCAUCAGACACGCAAGUUAACCUCUCUGCAAAUUCUGAUGCAUUUAUUCAACAACCAUCUAUUUCUGAAAUAAAUAAUGGACCAUCUGACAUUUCUGAACAAGAUUCCGGUUUCCCCAUAAAUGACACUGCCGACACACUCUCCAGGACUUUAGAUCAUAUGCAUUCUAAAGACGAAGUUUAUAAUAAACAUUAUGAAAUCUCAAGGUCCAAUGGGCCAGUAGAUUACAUCAUAAAUCAAGACUCUAAGGAGACGGAAGAUGACUCUGGAAUUUUUAGAGGAUCCCGUUAUGGCUUGACAUCUGACCAUGACUCCAAAGGGAUUGAGGAAACCAUAGGUAUAGAAAAUAACAGCAAUUUGAAAGAUUUCUCAUUCAAGAUUCCAGAAUCAUCUCCUGAUUUAGUUGCCAAUAAUGUCAACUCCCAAAGAUUUCCCAGUUUUCCUCAGCAAACGAAGUCCACCAAUGCAAGCCCGCUUCCGUGGGCCAUCACAAGCCCAUCUUUCAAUGAAGAGGCCUAUCAACCGAGUAGCACAAAGGGGUCUGCUCCUGAAAGUGGGCUGUUAGUGUUUGAUGUCGCUAGAUCUGAUGAUUCUGCGAAAUUUGACAUAGAUGAAAGGAAGCUUAGUAGCUCAUUUAGCGGGUUACCUGGGGUGCAGAGUUCAGCUCCAUAUACAUCAUCCCAGUACUCCUCAGCUGCUUACAGCUCUGAUCAUAGCAAUUCCUCGGAUCACACUCCUCUAUAUACCCCUAUUAGUGAGGCACAUCCUCGAAGAUCUCGACCUUCUUUUCUUGAUUCUCUCAAUGUGCCCAGAGCUUCUCCAGCAUUUCCUUCUAAAUAUGCUGAAUCAAAGGAGUUGACUUCUGGAAAUGAUGCUGGAAACAGCAUGGAUUCUCUUAGCCAAUCAGCUUUUGGGACUAGAUACACAGACAACUUAGCUACUUCCACCACAGCAAUAAGUAAUGAGGAACAUAUCUCUGAUGCUGGUGGACGUUGUGUGGAGAAGAAGCCAGAGUUUUAUCUCCCUAAGCAAGAUGAAGAUUUUGCUGCCUUAGAACAGCACAUUGAAGAUCUAACACAGGAAAAAUUCUCCUUGCAACGAGCUCUUGAGGCUUCUAGAGCUUUAGCAGAAUCUUUAGCUUCUGAAAAUUCAUCUCUAACAGAUAGUUAUAACCAACAGAGAGGUGCUGUCAAUCAGCUAAAAGCUGAUAUGGAAAAGUUACAGGAGGAAAUCAGCACACAAUUGGCAGAAUUGGAGUCCCUCAGACAUGAAUAUGCUAAUGCACAACUAGAAUGUAAUGCAGCAGAUGAACGAGCUAAGCUACUGGCCUCUGAAGUUAUUGGCUUGGAAGAGAAGGCUCUACGGCUUAGAUCCAGCGAACUAAAGCUGGAAAGGCAAUUGGAGAAUUCCCAAGCAGAAAUUGCUGCAUACAAAAAGAAAGUGUCUAGCCUAGAGAAGGAUCGUUUGGAUUUACAAUCAACUAUCAGUGCUCUCCAAGAAGAGAAGAAAGUAUUGCAGUCAAAGUUGCGCAAGUCUUCUACCAGUGGAAAGUCUAUUGAAGUCAGCCAGAGUUGUUCCAAUAGGAAAGACAUAUCUACUUCGACUGAUGACCUUGCAGAUGCCUCUAUCAACACGUCUAGCCAGCAAACGGAACAUUCUGGCUCUGUUCUCGACAAUGAUGCCUCCAGUUCCUUGUCGUUGUCUGAUACUUUACAGUUGAAUGUUGAAGCUUCAUUUGCUUAUAUUCCUCCUGACCAACUCCGGAUGAUUGAGAACAUCAAUACAAUAGUAUCCGAGUUAGCACUGGAGAAAGAGGAGUUAGUGAAGGCAUUGGCAUCCAAAACAUCGGAUAAUUCCAAACUAAAGGAUCUGAACAGGGAGCUGUCUCGAAAACUCGAAGCUCAGACACAAAGAUUGGAACUGUUAACAGCCCAAAGUAUGGCUAAUGGUAGUAUGCCAGCCAAACUUCCUGAUGCUCAUGCAGUCCUUGACAAUACUGCUUAUGCAGAUGAGGGUGAUGAGGUGGUUGAAAGGGUACUGGGCUGGAUAAUGAAACUCUUCCCAGGUGGGCCCUCGAGACGAAGAAGCAGCAAGCUCCUCUGAUUUUCCAGAAAAAAUGAGGUGCUGCUCUUAAUCUGUAAAUUCAAAGUUGAUUAUGUAAGUCCAUUCUUUUCUGAUGUGCCAAAACCCGAAAAGAAGAAAGCAAUGAAGAUAGGGAGGAAAGAAAGGAAAUAGCCAAAGCUUGUUUUCUUGAGGCUUCCCUCCCAUUGGAUGGUUGACAAGAUUCGCGAUUUGGUAUAAUAUCAAAAUUAGUUGUUUUCUAUGUUUUGGUGUACCAAUUUUUUUGGUCAGUGAGAGAGAGAGAGAGAGAGAGAGAGAGAGAGAGAUGUUACAAGGUAAACUGUACAAUGCGUAAGCAUAAUUAGUAUGUGUUGAUGAGGAGACUUUCUCAUUUUUAUACAAUUUGGUUGAAAGUACAAAUUAAACAUUUGUUGACGUUCCUUCCAUCUGUAGCAGACAGACUUAUUGGAUUGGGUUGUGUUCGAGUGAGAGUGCCAUUGAUUACAUGGAUCAAUUCUUUACA